GGUGCUUAAAGGGUUCAGCUGUUGGAAAGUUCAGCCUUCUACAUUUGUCCCAUCACCUCCCUCUGAGUGUCAUGUCGCAAAGUUAAGAGGCUCUAAACUCCCAACCCCUCCACUUGAUCUUCCCAAAAGUUCUCUUUAACCCACAUGCUGACUCCUUUUCUACCCUGCCUCCGAGGUACUCUACCCACUCACCACUUGCUCCUGUUGUGCCAUGUUUCCACCCAGCCCAACCAUCUUCCCUUUGAUGUAAUUUUCUCCCUAGUUGCCUUUCAUACCAUAAUCUCUCCUUUUUUCAUGCCUGAUUCUCUCUUUAACAUCAGGCAGCAAUUUCCUCUUACAUGAAAACCACCGAUGUCAAAUAGCUAAAGAACUUAUUAACAUGAGGGUGAGGCAAUAGCAUACGAACUUAAGACACUUGCAUAUUGGGGUGUGCAAUCAAUUAUUGGUUGAUGGCUCAAUUGGAUGUGCCAAGGGUCAAUUUGGAGCAGGGCUAUAUUCAAACUAAGAUACUUCAAUUAUCAUGAGACCCCUAAGUGAAACUUUCCUUUUUCAUGGUUGUGUUAUGGCAGUUGUAAGAACUAAUAAUUUCCUCCACUUGAUGGCAGCAUUGCCCUUUGGCAUUUUGAUUUUCUAAUAAGUUUGCAUGAAAAUAUCCCCAGGUUUUUCUAAUCAUGAGGGGAUUCAGAUUUGCCUCAGGACAAGUCUCAUUGUCUCCAGGAAGCAUCAAACUGUGUCAGAUUGUCAACUGCAGUGCUGUGAUGAUUAUUGCUACCAGCGCAUGAAGAGACAGGGGAAACCUGUUGUAUUGUCAUCUAAAUUGAGGUUUAAUCUGGUCUCAUUGAAAUGACAACAUGCAUACAGGCUAUCAGUCUGUAAUUGCUCUGUGGAGUCCCCUAUUCAUACCAGUUCAGGGUAUUCAUGAUAUUCACCUGGCAGUUUGAGUGGAGGAAUGUUAAGCUGAGACUUGACAUUUGGAAAGGGUGAAGCAUCGUUAAUCAACCCGGUCUACCACCCCUUUUCCUUAAAUUCUAAGGAUGAGGAUAAAAGAGAAGAUAAAAAGACUGAGAAGAAGCAUGAGAUUGCACAUGGCAAGCUGGUCCUAUCAGGUUUAAGAAUAGUUUUGAUCAACCUCAAAGUGUUUCUUCAAUCUCUUGAAAGUAGAGUGUUCCAGACUUACGUGUUGCAGAUAACUGACAAGGCAGCUGGAGAUACAGAUACCGAAUUGCGGCACUUCUAACAAUAUGAAGAACCAACUCCAAGAACACAUUAUUGGAAUCCCAGUCAGCUGCCAAUAUGAUAAGCCAUCUCCUUCAAAUGUAUCUGGGGCAGUCAUCCCAAAAAAAAUGAAUUCAAUGAAUUAUAGGAUGAACAACAGCAGGAAGAAGGCAGACAAUGUUGUGGAUGGAGUCCGAGAGCAUGUGAGAUUAGGGCUUAAGUUCUCUGAAACUGUGAAGGGAAAGUUGAGCUUGGGGGCUAGGAUUCUUCAACUUGGGGGAGUGAAGAGAGUUUUCAGGCAAAAUUUUGGUGCUAGAGAAGGAGAAAAGCUAUUGAAGGUUUCCCAAUGCUAUUUAUCGACAACAGCAGGCCCUAUAGCUGGCCUCCUCUUUAUCUCCACUCAAAGAGUUGCCUUUUGUAGUGAAAGAUCAAUCAAAUUUUCUUCUCCAAAUGGUGAAUUAGUUGGAAUCCAUUACAAGGUCUCUAUCCCACUAAGAAAGAUUAAGAGGGCCAACCAAAGCGAGAAUAUGAAAAAGCCAUCUCAAAAGUACAUGGAAAUUGUUACUAUGGAUAACUUUGAGUUCUGGUUUAUGGGAUUCUUGAAUUACCAGAAAGCUUUCAGCUAUCUUCAACAGGCAAUCUCUCAAGUGCAGAAUCCAGUCCAAGGUGAUUCAAUCCAAUAAGUUCUUCCCUCCUGCUUCAAAAAAUGUAUUUACACAAACCUGAUAAAGCUCUGCACAGUUGAAGGCUUUGUACAAAUAUGUUUUUUUGUUAAUGAGAAAUGAUCUUCAAUUCUUCAACCCUUAUUUUCUACUCAGUCAUUGAACAAGUUCUUCCCAAGUGAUAAUUGUGCUAGUACUUGAGUAGCUUGGGGAGAUGAAAUCUUUCAUCUCCCUGGGGUUCUCAACAACCAAACACAAUUUGCUGAAACUGUGGUAAGAUUGGGGGCUAAGAUAUCUGAACUGUGAAACAGAAGUUGAGC